AAUCAUAAUUAAUCGUAUUUGUGAAGUUUUUACAUAACACCAAAAAUGUGAGUGAUAGUAGUAAUAAGCAAUCUGUGACUGAGUGAAAAUGCUAGCUUGUGUGUGUCAACCAACGGAGACAGCGUUAUUGUUUAAAGGAGGACCACCAGUCACUAUGGGACCACUCGGAUCUGGCGGUAAAAUGCGUCAAAACGCAAGUGAUGUUAUGAAAUCGAUUAGUAUAUUUCCAAGUUCUGAGCACAAAAUAAACGAAGAAACCAAAGAGGACUCGCCUUCAGUAACCCCUAUGCCUAUUUAUGUGGAUUCGUCAGGGAAUUUGUUAAAUUUAAGAAAGAUAGAACGAAAAGCGAAAUCAACGAAAAUUCUUGUGAACCCCGUCUGUACGGACAGUGUUAGCGACGAUAGCAACACGUCAAAGCCAGCUAGUACAAAAUGGAAUGGAAAGAAAAAAAGACUCAAAAUAGCGUUUGUAAAAAAUGAAAAUAAAGACGACUUUAAUUCAGAGCACAACGCAAUUAGCCGUGACGAGGCUAAAGAGGAUAAAAAGUCAAUAUCGUGUUUUAAAAUCAAAAGCCGGGAAGAUAAAUCACGUACUAACGAAGACAGAAACUCAGGCCGCGAGAACUGUACGAAUGAAAAUGCGAGUAAUUCAAUGAACUCAGAAAAACCCGAUCUCAUUAGACAUUCUAGAAAAAAUAGUAGAGAUACUUUAAUAGAUGAAGGCACAAUGACUGACGCAUCUCUACAGGCUGACCAGUUUCCCAGGAAGAUCGACACUGCCACCGUCGUUAAAGAGAGCGAGUUGGGGGAAGGGGUGGAGCUGACGCUGGGCGAACUGCGGGCGAUGGCGCUCCGACAGCAGCAGCAGAUCGACACCCAGCACCAGCUGCUGUGCGCCAAGGAGCAGCGGCUGCGGUACUUGAAGCAGCAGGAGGCAAGGCAACAUCAGGUUGCAGUAGAAGGCGAGCGGUUGCGGAGGCUACGCGAGAGGGUCGAAGCGCAAGAGCAGAAGUUGAGGAGGCUAAGAGCUUUAAGAGGGCAGCUUGAUAGGAACAAGCAGGCGAAUAUUGCUCUAACUAGUGACUUAGAGUCAAUACGAGCGCUAUUCAAUGAGAAGGAAAAGGAAUUGUCUGUGGCUGUGGCGAAGGUGGAAGAGCUGACGAGGCAGCUGGAAGAGUUGAGAAGAGGCAGAGUCCAGCCCGCGCCGCCUUCCGCUCACGAGCUUGAUAAGCUUAGAAGAGAACUUAUGUACCGGAAUAAGUUAAACGAACAGCAAAAUGGCAGACUAUCGGCGCAGAGAGCGGCCCUUGGUGCAAGGCAAGAGGAAAUGCGGAGCAUAGACCGAAGGGUGUCCGAGUUGCAGGCAAGGCUGCUGAGGAAACGGGCGCUCAACCGACAGCUUGCGGCCGCGCAUCGACAACCCCAACAAAGAACGAACAACCCAACGCCGAUGCAGCAGCUCCCCAACUACCCGGCCGGCAACAACGCAGCGAACAGCCAACCAAAGAACCAGCAGGCGAGAGGGAACGUAGCCGCGGUGGAACCGUACAACCAUGUUCCACACGCGCAGAGCCUUCAUAACACUAACUUCCAAGCCAUGAAGCAAAACGUUAUUCAAAACAACGUGCCAUUAAAACAGCUGACACAAAGUGACAAUAUUCAGAGUCAUCUAAUACAACAGGAAGCUCAUUUCUUGCAACAGAAACAGAUGAUGAAUCCCUUGUAUAACGGUAACUACCCUCACAUGCCAGCGAACGUACAAGAUAGUCAGUACCAAGGGCAAUAUACUAAUAAACAUGAGGGUAGCGCAUUUAGUCAUGUUCAACAAGGUAUUACGAACGCGUAUGACCAGAAACAAAUGUUUGAUCAUAUGAAUAAAUAUUCUGAGUAUCCGAAACAACCUCAAUACAGCCCAAAUAGUACAAGCAGUUCAAAUAGUAACCAAACUGGUAAAGAACAGAAAAUAAAUGAGCAAGAAUUUCCUCCAGAAUUUGCAGCAAGCAAAUCUGAUCCGAAAUAUCAAACUUUACCAUAUAACACUAAAUUCCCAAAUGCUAAUGGUAAACUAAAACAACCUGAAGUCAAUGGUAAAGCAACCGAGCAAGAUAGUAAGAAUCAAAAUGCAACGAACGUGAAUCACAUGACGGUACACUCGACGCCUCUCUCGGUUGUGAACAAAAGUUUGGCGACGCCCUUGAGUCAGAACGAAGCAACAUAUCAACAGGAACAUACAUAUCAGCUGCAAAAAUCAGACUCUUCUAGUAGAUGUAAUCAAGAGGGCAAGGAAAACCAUGCAUAUCCACAAAAUUCUAGAUUAAGUCACACCAGUAGUCAAAAUAAUGAUGGGUCUCGAAAUAGCGGAAAGACUCAACAGAGUAGUGCUAAAGGCAGCUCUCCAAGUUUACUAUCGAGUACAACAUCAACUAGCAGUUCUAUAGGAUUUGGGAAACCCGUAUCGAGUGUAGCACCUACAUCGGUUCAGGUCUCGAGUGGCAAACCAUCACCCAUAUAUCAGACAUCUUCAACAAAAAUUCAACCAGUUCAACCACAAACUGUCCAGACUCAAAGCAUAACCGUAUCAAAUCAUGUAACUAGUAACGUGGUUAAUUCCCAACCCCAGAUUGUUAGAAACACGGCGUCAGGGUUAUCUACAGGCACUUCGAGUUCAAACUUCAAUGGCCAGAAUGCAUCAUCACAAAGCAUCUUGCUAUCCCCACCACAAAGCGCCAGUACACCUUUAUCUACGCCAGAUGUUAGUGGAACAGACAAAUCACCUAAACCAGCAUUACCUCCUAAACCCACUAUCAAGACUCCACCGAGACAAUCAGUGAACCAUGAUGUUGGGUACAAUCAAACGACGGAGACAAUGAACGUGCCCACGGCAUCUAUGCCCGAUUCGUCAAAUGAUAGCGAAGCGCAAAAUCUGAAAGAAUUAAGCAAUGGUAACGAUAUGAUAAUCAAGGCUCGCCCAUUGACGAUUAGAAAACCUCCUAUAAGCGAACAACCAAAGCUUAGAAACGUGAAUAAUACAAAAAAUUCCAUAAACGUCAGCAUAAACCGACGUAUAGAAAUGCCACCAGCUUUCUUGUUCCCAGAGAUGGAUCACUUGAACCUCGAUUCAGCUCCAAGUGAAAUGCAAAAUGGCCAGAAAGAGAAAACGAAGGCAAAAGAUGAAGUUGAUAGGUCAUUGAAUAACAACAUAUCGUUAAAUUCCAAUGAGAAACAGGAGGACAGUAAAGAUGUUGUUUCUGAUAUGACAGAGCAAAUAAGUUCUGUAGAUUUGAACGGUCAGGAUUCUCAGAGAUCUGAGAAUGUUCUGAGGCGGUCAAAGAAAGGCAAUUUGAAGCAAGGAGGAAAGGCUCCGCUGGCGAGGCGAGUGAGCUUCGAUCCCCUCGCCUUGCUUUUAGACGCAAGUUUAGAGGGUGAAUUAGAGCUUGUGAAGAAGACAGCAACUCAGGUACAAAAUGCAAGCGCUGCCAAUGAUGAGGGUAUAACUGCUCUCCACAACGCCAUUUGCGCCGGGCACUUUGAAAUAGUCAAGUUUCUGGUAGAAUUAGGUUGCGACGUUAACGCACAAGAUUCAGAUGGUUGGACGCCACUGCAUUGCGCUGCGUCGUGCAACAAUCUUCCGAUGGUGCGAUUCCUUGUCGAUAAUGGCGCUUGCAUAUUUGCCACAACACUGUCAGAUCACGAAACAGCAGCAGAAAAAUGCGAGGAGGACGAGGAAGGUUUUGACGGAUGUUCCGAAUACCUCUAUAGUGUUCAAGAAAAACUCGGCAUUAUGAACAAUGGAUUAGUCUACGCCGUUUUCUCGUACACCGCCGCGCGAAGCGACGAGCUAUCGUUCGAGAUGGGCGCGAGACUACAAGUGCUGAGGAAGGGAGACGACAACGAGCGGGAGUGGUGGUGGUGCAGAGACGACUCGGGGAACGAGGGUUACGUGCCUAGGAACUUGCUGGGGUUAUAUCCAAGAGUAACCCCACAGCAAGAAUGAGAAAAACAACGGCUUAAAUUAUAAAUCUAUCAUAUUGUAAAUACAAUACUGGGUAAUUCUUAUUUUUUAUGUAUUUAUAUCACUGUAAUCUAAAAAUAGACUAUUGUAUACAAUUUUAAAAUAUUUAAAAUAUUUUGUAAAUAUUUAAAUACCUAAGCUAAUAAAGUUCAAAACGAAUGAGAUUAUAUUGUACAUUUUAUAAAUACCCCGAGUCAUCGUUGUAAUUAAUUGGUAAUGAAUUUGUAUUAUUCUUAGGGUUUCUGAAAAUAUUGUGAAAUAUUAUUAUAAAUUGACAAUACAAAAUAAUAUUACAAA